AUGGAGUCUCGGCUUUUCCCCCAUUCGGGCGUAGAGAAAGAAAACCUGGUUGUUGUCGACCCGGAGUUAUUGACAAGUUCAAGAGAGCGAAUCAGAAGUGUCUUGGUCGAGGACCUGCGAGAAGCUCAUAAGCUCGUCGAUGCAUACAGUGUUCAUGUUGGUCCAAUUAGCGAACUACUUGCGCCAUGUAUUGCGGCAGAUGAUCUCGAUGCUUCCCGAGAUUUCGUGAGUCAGUGCUCGCAGUACGUGGACGCAGUAGGGCAAGUCUGUCCUGGGGGCAUUCGGACGCAGCUCUUCUUCGUGGACACCAGUACUGUAGUGAGAAAGUUUGCCGCGGCUAUCAGGAAAGUCAGUCAGGACUUCCUUGUAUCAACUGCAGAACAGCUUGACGAGACAGCUCAGGAGAUAGGGUAUAUUUAUAGAGGACUCGAGCAAUAUUUCAACGUCCCCGAAGAUGAUUAUGAAGCUGAGAAACUUCUGCGUGCGGUUGAGAAUAUCGCUGAACGAACUUUGGAUCCGCUAGAAGAGAACAUUGCUGAACUUGUUGACGUUCUCAACUUCUUAGAUCAUUCCCAGUUCCUGGUCUCCCUCGAUCUCCGGGUUGAGAUAUAUCAUCUCCUCAGUACCGCGCCCGAUGUCAGAGCUGAUCUCCGCCAGCUUUGUGAAGAUUUGAAGUCACGUGAAGGGCAACAGAGCGAAGGCAUUGAUCCUGAUGAUUGA